AUGAAGACCGAGGGUUUUGGAUUUUCAGGGGCUGCUCCCUUGGUCGCAGAAACCACCUUUUUUGGAAUGGGUGCCUCCUCGACGGAGGGAGGCACAACUGGUGUAUCAGCCCCAGAAACAGGUCGCGGUCGAACUUCUCGACGACGACAUAUCAGGAACUCGUCGUUCGGAAAGUAUGCUGGUAGAGCAGGAUUUAUCGACUUCUUGCUCGGUUUAGGGCAGAGGUACCUAAGUCUUGGAUAUUCGACACCGUUCCUUUCGUUGGGUGCAUCUUAUAUGUAUCCAUCCUUGGCUGCUGCCAAGGCAGCUGUAAUUUCUGUGGGUGAAGAGAUAGCAACUCUCGGACUGCCGUCAGGGAUCUGUCCUCUUGUCUUCGUUUUCACCAGUUCAGGAAAUGUUUCUUCUGGUGCACAAGAGAUAUUUAAGCUUCUUCCUCAUACUUUUGUGGAACCAAGCGAACUUCCGGCGCUAUUUGGGUCGGUAAGUAGUAAAACUAGUACAGUACAUGUGGUUCCAACUUGGUCUUGUAUGAUAACAAUAAUAGAAGGAAAAAUGCACUUCUAAUUUGGUUCUUGUCGACUAGAGAGACAUAAAGUUUAGGUGGAAACAGCUCUGUACAAAUAGAUGUCACCCUUCUUUGUGUUAGGUUUUCAAUUUUUUUACUGAUAGGCCAAGGAUGCUGCUCAAACUACUCGAAAGUCGAAAAGGAUCUUCCAAGUAUACGGUUGUGUUGUGACUAGUAAAAACAUGGUUGAACACGAAGAUCCAACAAGAGAAUUUGACAAAGUAAGCCCUGAUCUCAUAGUCAUCUUUUAAUUCUUCAUU